AGUUUAAAAACUUCUAAUCCGAAUGUGCAAUACAACUUUAGGAUAGGCAGUCAAAGUAUUGUAGAUGCACCUGAUGAAAAGAACAAAAUUGGAUACAAUAAGGCAAUUAAUUAUCAGAAGACAGUCGAAGAAAAUGAACCUGAGGUUGCAAAUUAUGGUGAUAGCAAAAUGAUUGUUGAAGAGGAUAAAGAUAAUAAGACUACAAGCGAAGUAAAAGAACUUACCCAACUGAAACCUACUGAAGCUGAAGAUAUGAUGAAUAGUAGUGGUCGAAAAGGAAUCAAAAUCGAGUCUAAUGAAAAUGAAGAAAUUAGUUGUUAUCAGGCAUCUGCUAAUAUCAGUGACACAAAGGAACGAUAA